ACUGACAGGGCGGCUCAAAUUGAGCUAUUUCAUGCUCUGGCAGCCAUCGCUGCAGAGAAUAACUUGGGCCAAGGUAUCCUGGUCAAGAUCAAGUUCAACAUCAUUGCCUCCUUGUACGACUACAACCCCAACCUGGCAGCCUUCAUGAAACCUGACAUGUGGAAAAAGUGUCUGGAUUGUAUAGAUGAGCUGCUGGACAUUCUCUUUGAGCACAACAACAUCUUCAUUGGAGAGAACAUCGCAGAGGACAGCGAGAAUCUGGCCGUCUCCGAUCAGCCUUUCAGGGUGCGCGGAUGCAUCUUAACCCUGGUAGAAAGGAUGGAUGAAGAAUUUACAAAGAUCAUGCAGAACACUGAUCCCCACUCUCAGGAAUACGUUGACAAUCUCAAAGAUGAGGGCAGGGUUUGUGGCAUCGUUGACCGGCUGCUCACCUACAUGGAGAACAAAGGCUCCACAGAAGAAAUUUGCCGUGUCUACCUGCGCAGAAUCAUGCACACCUACUACAAGUUUGACUACAAAGCUCACAGACGCAGCCUGGGCCUGCAGGGAGAGACCAAGUCCGAGCAGGACCAGGAGGAGAGCGAGGGAGAGGACAGCGCUGUGAUCAUGGACCGCCUCUGCAAGUUCAUCUACGCCAAGGAUCGCACCGACCGUAUCCGUACCUGUGCUAUCCUCUGCCACAUAUAUCACCAUGCUCUGCACUCACGCUGGUACCAGGCACGUGACCUGAUGCUGAUGAGUCACCUGCAGGACAACAUCCAACACGCUGACCCACCUGUACAGAUCCUGUACAACAGAACAAUGGUCCAACUUGGCAUUUGUGCAUUUAGGCAGGGCAUGAUUAAAGAUGCCCACAAUGCACUGCUGGACAUUCAGUCCUCUGGCCGUGCCAAGGAGCUGCUGGGUCAAGGUCUGCUCAUGAGGAACAUGCAGGAGAGGAAUGCAGAGCAGGAGAAGAUUGAAAAGCGAAGACAAGUAAUGUUGACCUGCUUGAAAAUCCAAGAAGAGUCACUGAGGACCUAUCUGUUCACCUACAGCAGUGUAUACGACUCCAUCAGCAUGGCUACGCUGUCUGAGAUGUUUGAAUUGGAGAUGCCCACAGUCCACAGCAUAAUCAGCAAGAUGAUCAUCAACGAGGAGCUGAUGGCGUCACUCGACCAGCCCACACAGACGGUGAUGAUGCACCGCACUGAGCCAACGUCUCUGCAGAACAUGGCUCUGAAGCUGGCAGAGAAACUGGGCAACUUGGUGGAGAACAACGAGCGCGUAUCUGACCUGAAACAGGGCAUCUAUGGCGGUUACUUCAACAGGGAUCAGAAAGGUGGCUACCAACAGAAGCAAUCCUACCAGAGAGAUGGGAAAUCUUACCAGCAGAAGCAGUCGGGUUACCAGAGAGGCGGUUACAGGAAUCAAAAUCAAGGAAAUUACUGAGCUUGAAGUUUGUGGAUUUCAGUUUUUACAGCAGAGCUGGUCUUCAUUCCAAGACAACAUCAGUACCUCAUUUUGUGAGUUUGGCUCUUGGCCGUGCUCCCUCAAUGAAACUGUUUUGCUGCUGUUUCUAUGUCAGUUAGCAUUGCUUUGUGUCAGCAACGGCAGAAUGUGAUAUUACAUUUCUGUCAAUUUCUUGGAAUAAAUCUGGAGUUUUAUUAUUUUAACAGAUUAAUAAAUAAAUAUUAAACAGUGU